AUUGUGCUUCUCCACAGUUUAAUCGUCAACAUAUGAAUAUCUGAAAAUAUACUUGGAAGGUUAAUCAUUGUAAAGAGGCAGAUUUCGACAUGAGUUUUCUCCAUAAAUGUGCAAUUAUAACGGGCUCCAGUAAUGGAAUUGGGAAAGCCACCGCUCUUCUUCUGGCCUCUAGGGGAGCAAAUGUUCUGAUACAUGGGACAAAACAGGACGCGAUCAACUCUGUCGUCCAGCAAUGCAAACUGAGAGGGCGUGAAGGUGCAGUGUUCCCUAGUGUCAAAGGAUUGAUAGAAAAUGAGGAGACAUUGGCCAAUAUUGCCGAAACAGCUUCCAGUGAAUUUGGCCAACUUGAUGUUUUGAUAAAUAAUGCCAUAAGAUCAUCAUUUCAUGAUCUUCGAAAUGCUCCUAUUGCAGAUUUAGAUGCACACUUUGCAAUUAUUGUGAAAUCAGCAGUGAGGUUAAGCCAACUUUGCCUCCCUAACCUCACAAAAUGCAAAGGCAACAUUGUUAAUAUAUCCAGUGUAGAGGCGCUGCGCCCGACAGAUUUAAGACAUUCAUUCUAUGCUAUCAGCAAAGCUGCUUUGAACAUGUUCACCCAAUGUGCAGCCUUAGAAUUCGCAGAUGAUGGAGUGCGUGUCAAUGCAGUUUGUCCAGGUGCUACACGAACCGAAAUACUCGAAAAUAUGGGGAUGACAAAUGAAGAAGAGAUUAAUGAACUUUGGAGUAUGUUUGCUAAAAUUGUACCAGUUAAACGUGUUGCUACUGCGGAAGAGAUUGCUGGAUUUAUUGUAUAUAUUGCAUCAUCCGAGGCAGCCAUGAUUAACGGUCAGUGUAUCGCACAUGAUGGAGGGCUGACCCUUAUUGGACUUCAAAAACAUGUCAUUGAAAAGGCUUCAAAGUGAAUACUUUUACAACAAACUAUUUUUAUUAAUCAAUGGCACUUUGUGUAUUAAAUAUUGAUACUUUGACUUUAUUAACUGAAUUUUGAAUUUCACUGGUGAUCCACUCGAUUACGCUGGUUACCGAAAUGGUUCGUUUCGGUAACAAAAUGUCGGAACAUCGAAGGUAUGAUUUUUCUUUUUUCCUUAUUUCACACGUUGUAGGCAGACUUCCCACGACAUUUUUUAUCACAAACGUACCAUUAUCAUGUUUAAGAAAAUGUACAUAUUUGCGAACAAGUAGUUCAGAAGACAACAGAAUCGUCGAUUUAAUUCCUCUUACAUAAACGGUAAGAUCUGCACUUUUAACCGAAAGCGUUUAUGUAACUUAAUUGAGG